AUGUCACUUAAUGGAAUUCUGCGCGCACCCGAGAAUAGCGUCAGGACUAACACGACUGAUUGUCUACAGAAACAUGCGGCACAAUACCUUCUUCAGCAGUAA